CCACCCCCAGCCCCCUGGCGCCCCCCCUUCGAAUCCCACCUCACAACCACAAACACCACCUCCUUCACCCUCUCCACCACCUCCUUCACCCUCUCCACCAUCGCCUUCUCCGCUUCGAACCAGCCCCUCCCGCGCGCCCGCACCUGCGAAUUCCGCGGCUUCUGGGCCACGCCCUCUCUCGACCCGCGCGCCAUCUCAGCCCUACACGAACAAGGCAUCGGCCUGAACCCGGCCGUCUGCGUCAGCGACUGUCUUUCGUUGACGACGGAUGCGCGCAUGGAGAAGGUGUCUCAGCUGCGGAUGUCGGGCGGGGCAGUCGAGUGUGUGUUUUGGGUUGAGGGCGUGAGGACCCAGUGGCGGGUGCGGGGGACGGCGUGCGUGAUUGGGGACAUGGCCGGGGGUGAGGAGGAGGAGAGAGCGAGGCGGUUGGUGUUAAGGGCGUCGAGGUUCUUAGCGCCGGAGGGGAAGGCGGCUGAGGAUGAGGGGGAGGAGGGGGAGUGGGAGUGGUCGUUUGAGAGGCAGGUGGCGGCUUAUUUUGCGAAUUUGUCGCCGGGGAUGAGAGGAACAUUCAAAAACCCACCCCCCGGGCGACUGCGCACAGCACAGGACUCAAACCCACAAUCCCAACUCGGCCAGAAGGUGACCGACCUGAACGAUGAGGCCGCGCGGGCGAAUUUCCGCGUGAUGGUGAUCAUACCGGAGGAGGUGGAAAGUCUGAAUGUGGAGACGAUGGAGCGCAAGGUGUGGGCGUUGGAAGGGGAAGAGCAGGGCCAGAAGGAGUGGAAGGAGGUGGAGUUGUGGCCGUAG